GACACCUUAGACAAUUUCACUAUAAGCCUCUUGGUCACUUUCAUCUCCACUGCUUUUCCCCUGGAUCUGAAUUACAGCAUCACUCCGCACUAGCAGGAGGAAAGAGGGAAAUCCUGCUAUGCAUCCUGACAACUUUUGCGGCGGAGGCCUGGGGAGAUGGAUGGCGGAGACAUGCAGGCGUUAAUUCCCCACGCACAUUCCAGCAUGGUGUCUGUUGGAGAAGGAUUUACACUAGUCGCUGGCAUUUGAUUCCUCUUCCUUCUGCUUUCUUGAGAGACGAGAUCUCCGAGAAGAUGCCUUUGGUGCUGUGGGCUUUUUGUCUUGGUGUCCUGGAUACGGUCCUUUGCAGUUACUCAGAAGACCAGUGCAGCUGGAGGGGGAGUGGCCUGUCCCAGGAAUCAGGCAGCGUGGAGCAGAUCUCACUACACUGUGCUGAGGGCUCACUGGAGUGGCUGUACCCAGCUGGGGCUUUACGCCUCAGCCUCUCCCCCCGCCUCCCCAUGAGCACUGCAGCCAAAGGGAAGAGCCCCAGACAGGUCACCACCUGUAUCAAGCCCUCCAGCACCUUCCGAGGAGCUCAGAUCUAUCUGGAGAGGAAUGGGAUCCUGGAGCUGUUGCUGUCUGAGGCAGAUGCAUCCCUCCGCCCCAGGGUGCACUGCUUCACCUGGCAGCCCCAGGAGAAAGUAGCACUGUUCCUUCAGUCUACCCUGCACCAGGACAUCAGCCGUCGGAUCGCUGCCUUCCGCUAUGAGCUGCGGGGAGACUGGAACUCACGCCUCUCACUGACCUCCAGCAAUCUCAGCAUGGAAGGGGCAUGCCGGCCGUGUAAUGACACCGAGAUCUUGAUGGCCAUUUGCACCAGUGACUUUGUCAUUCGUGGCAACAUCCGGACUGUCUCCAACGAUGUUGAGAUGCAGGAAUCCAUCAUCAGUGUGAGCGCCAUGCGCAUUCACCGGCAGAAAUUCACUUUGUUCCAGCCUGUCGGCAAAUCCAGCAAAUCCACGGGCAGCAUCCACACCCUGCUGCGGUGUGGAGUGAAACCGGGACCUGGCAGCUUCCUCUUCACGGGGUGGCUGCACUUUGGAGAGGCCUGGCUCAGCUGUGCUCCUCGUUACAAAGACUUCCGGCGUAUCUAUGAGGAUGCGCACCAGGCUCAUGAGAACCCCUGCGAAGUCUCGCUAGACUGAGUGAUGAGGGCAGGGGCGUUCAGCCUGACCCUUGGAAAUGAGGAUCACCAGCUGCAACAACGGUGUCACCAAGGGCUCACAUCCACCAGCCUGGGGCUAGCAAGAGUUCUCCCCAUCCCAUACACACCUGCAGUGGUCCCUGCUUCACUUGCUCUGUGCUGAAGAAAGUUGUAAGACACCUUCGUUGCUAACAGGAACCUGGCCCCGGCGGAGGAGAUCCCCAGACUGCUAGUUACGAUCGGGCACAGUAAUACACACAGGACUGACUAAUGGAGAGCAGGACUUCUAGUCAACCCUCCCUUCAAGUAGCUUGAGGGGACAAAAAAUGCCAGUGAAAUGACACAGUCUCUCCACAGUUGCUAAGUCAUCCUUGCUAUCCCAGGAUUCAUUGCCAAGUGAGUGCCAGCACUGAGGGACUCUCUUCCUGUACUGAGACUGUUCAGAUUAAGCAUGGGAGUGGGCUGAGCGCGGAGAGGAGAUGAUGGAUCACCAGAACUGGAAACCGAUGCAUGAGCAACUCUGCUCCUCAUUUUGCACUGAAACACACCCAAACAUCGCGGAAAAGGCUUUGGCAAAACCAGCCAAUGAUGGGGGAGCCUGUCCGUGAAAAUCCUACCCGAAGAAAGAGGCCAUUCUAACUGCACCUGGUUUGAUCCAUAGGACCUGAUUCAGCAAAGUUAUUGAGCACAUGCUGUCAGUCCCAUUGAUUUCAAAGGGACUAAAGCCUAGAGCCUCAAAGGUAUUUAGGCAUCUAUAUGCUUUGUAGAAUCGGGGCCUUGUUGCCCUGACAAAGUUUGAGUCUGAAGUAGCCCUGCUCCCUCCCCUUCCCCCGGAGGAACUUCACCCCUCUAGGGAGCGGAGGAAGACCCAUGAAGUGGCAGCUACCAUGUUUACAUUCCAUUUAAUAUUUCUUUGGGUAGAAAUGUGAAGACACUGCUCUGUACAUACCAUGGGAAAGUGGGGGAUAGCUGAGCUAUGGGGGAGAGUUGGAGCAGGGUUGGGGAUAUCUGCUGGGUGGGCUCUUGAAAGGAUGUAAAUUAAUGGAUCACAGCUAGAAAUUUGCCUAUCUGUGGUUCUGAACUUGGCUGCCAAAAAGUUGCCCCAUGGAGUCCUCACAGGCAGCCUUAAGACUUUGAUUAAACCAUUAUGUGAAUGUAUACACAAGCUCAGUGCUGCUCUUCAAGCUCUUGCCAGUAGAGCCCUCACUCAAAGCCCCAUGCACAGACUUUGGCGCCACCUCUCUCCACACAUUUACCUCCAUCCCUCAAACCUGGCAUUGCCCCUGCCUUCAGCAACACCCAAAAUGCAGAAUCACCAAAAAGCUUCUAGGAAACUUUAAAGCAGAGUCAGGCCCAGGCUGAGAUUGGCUCUAAACUUCCCCAGAGUUCUGCUUCAGAUCCAGAUCCAGGGUUCUGGUUCUGAUGUGCCAGUCUGGUUUCAUCGCUGCACUAAAGAAGCUGACCCCAUUUUAGCAUCACUUUUGUGCUGUCUCUGGUCUAUGAUCAUCAUCUACGGGCCUUGACAGGACAAGAGGGGUGGGAAGAACCUCUGUGAAAUUCAGCUUGAAGUGGUCCAGAAGGCAGUCCAGUGUGACUCAUAGAAUCAUAGAAUAUCAGGGUUGGAAGGGACCUCAGGAGGUCAUCUAGUCCAACCCCCUGCUCAAAGCAGGACCAAUCCCCAACUAAAUCAUCCCAGCCAGGGCUUUGUCAAGACUCCUGUGUGUACAGCAGCGAACUCUCACCAGGGAAAUCUUUGCUAAGGCAUUUAUUCUGCUUUUUUAAAAUGAAGAUUUGGGUAGACUGUAGUUUGAAGAAAAGGCUCCUGUAUAAUAGACCCCAUAAACUAAUGGCACCUGUGGAAGCCAGAGUGCAUGGAAGAGAUGUGACUGGAGAGCAUAGGUUUGUCUUUCUGCAGCUUGUGUAUUUCUGAGCAGAUGGAAUCUCAACACACUAUAGAUAUACAGUAUUGCCAACCAUGUGUGUAUUGUAGGAGAUGGACUUGCAACAUUGUGAGGAGUCCCUAUGUAGAAUCUGUACGUGUGGAACAGAGAUUGUCAUGCCAUCCCAGAUCAGUGUGCUUCAGCCUUAAUCUACUACCACUGGUGAUGGAAAGUGGGGACGCAACAGCUGCUGAUGGAAGUAUUCAGGCAGAAAGAAGCAAAGAUCUUGGGAGGAGAGAGCAAGAAAGCAGAAGCCUGUCAUUGGAGAACAGGAGAUAGGACUAAGGAUCAAGAGAUUCAAGAGACUGUUCUCUUCUAGGUCAUUGCUUACAACUGCAGAGAAGAACAAUCUCUUGGUUUGAUUAUUGGGGUAUGUGGGAAGGAGAUCUGGGUUUUCAGUUUUAAGCUGACACAUCCACUUUGUGCUCAGUAGUUGUAGAACGGAAAUUUUGAGUUAAAGGAACAGGUCUGAGGGGAGUUUGGGAUGAAGUCAGUCACACCAGUUAACUAUCAGUAAGCUCCUAAUUUAAUGUGGAAACUGCCACUAAAAGCCCAGGAGUUUUAGCCCUGGGGUACACUACAACUUUCAGUUGAGUUUGUAACUCAUUAGUGGCACAGCUGACUCUAACCAUGGCUUGUGUCUACAUACUUAACACUCAGUUAGUAAUCAUGGCAGUUACCUAAGUAGUUUUGGCUCAGUUAGGAUCUAGCCUGGAACAUGGUUGGCUUUUUGUCACCAGUUCGUAACAUGUUUUUGCUGUGCAGGUGGACAGCCCAGCAUGCUUUGGUCCCCCUGCUGCAGCAUGUCCUCUAUUCUAGACCCUGUUGAGGUGUCAUGAAAGCGGCCCAGAUUUUCCCACAAUGCACUGCUACAAACCUAGGGUAAGUGUGAACACACAAACAUCUGUAAGAUGGUUGCACUGUGAAAAAAUCUGCAGCAUGGAGACAUGUCUGUUGUAAAGGGUUAGAUGAGACAGGGUACAACACCAUUGUUUCACAUGUAGUGUGGAUGAGACUUGAGGCCAAUGAGUGACAGUGCACAUGAUUCUGGCCCACUUCCUAUCCAAAAAUGCUUAUUUGGGAGAGGAGAGAUAUUUGACAAUGGAGUGGGGACAUCAUAUGUGCACUAAAGUUAUAAAGAUACCAAAUUUGUGAUUUUUUUAAAGACUAAACUUUAUGUGUAAAGCAUGGUUUUGUUUUAAUUUGAAAUCUUAAUAUAAAGUGCAUCUCCACAGCUGUAAAACACUGCCAGGCACAUUACCUGUCGCUGUUCUGUAGGGUGUAGUCAAUGGCCGUGAGAAUCUUUGUAAUUGAGUUUGUACAUAUAAUGUCUAUUUACAAGAUAAGGAAGAAAGCCCUGAUUCCGCGUAGUUUGUAAUAAUGAGAUUUCUUGUCAUCUGUGGUUUUUGAAACACCAUAUAAAAAAAAAAUCAG